UAGUAGUGUAAAGCAAUAUAAAUGGGGCAACAUGAAUAUGAAUAUAUGUAUCAAUAAAAGAUAAGUGCAAUAACCUGGAAAGUGGCAACCUAAGUGUAAUAUCAAUGGAAUCGGGAAGUGUCCUCCAGUUUCUUGACAACAAGUCCAUUUUUGUCAUUGGUGCUACUGGGUUUUUGGCAAAGAUUUUUGUGGAGAAAAUACUGAGGGUUCAACCAAAUGUGAAGAAGCUUUAUCUUCUUUUAAGAGCAGAAGACUUAAAAUCUGCUACACAACGCUUCCAUAAUGAGAUCAUAGGGAAGGAAUUGUUUAAAGUCUUGAAGGAAAAAUGGGGCAACAAUUUUAAUUCCUUCAUAUCAGAAAAAAUUACUGUUGUGCCUGGGGAUAUCUCUCACGAGGAUUUGGUUUUGAAAAACUCCAAAUUGGAAAAAGAGUUGUGGAGGGAAGUAGAUAUUGUGGUCAACUCAGCUGCAACAACCAAUUUUGAUGAAAGAUAUGAUGUGGCACUUGGCCUCAACGCACUGGGAGCUAAACACGUUUUAGAUUUCGCCAAGAAAUGUGCCAAACUAAAGGUGUUUGUCCAUGUAUCCACAGCUUAUGUGGCUGGAGAAAAGUCAGGGCUCAUACUAGAAAGCUCAUUUAGCAUGGGAAAAACACUUAAUGGUGUGUCUGGCUUAGACAUUAAUGUUGAGAUGAAAGUGGCAGAGGAAGAAUUGAAACAACUCCAGGCACAGGGAGCUUCAGAAAAGGAAAUUACUCGAGUCAUGAAAGAUUUGGGCACUGAAAGGGCAAGACUUUUUGGAUGGCCAAACACAUAUGUAUUUACAAAGGCGAUGGGAGAGAUGCUUGUAGGGAACUUCAAAGGUAAUUUGCCUCUUGUCAUCGUACGCCCUGCCGUUGUUACCAGUACUUUCAAAGAACCUUUUCCUGGCUGGAUUGAAGGCCUGAGAACUAUUGAUAGCGUAAUUGUUGGUAUUGGUAAAGGGAACAUAACCUGUUUUCUUGGGAAUCCUAAGGUGACGGUUGAUUUGGUGAGUUAA